UCUGCUCACACACAGCUCUCCAGCCAGGUAAUCAGAGGCUUCCUCCAGGAGCGCCUGGCCUCCAGCACCGUCUCCAGGCGUCCCAGAGUCGAAGGCAAGGGGGAUGUCAGCCCUCCUGGCCCUGCUCCUGGUAGCUGGGCUCUGCCCCCCAGUGCACCCAACGGGCACGCCCGAGUUGGAGAAUGUGGCCCGGGGAGGCCCACAGGCCGGAGAACCUGUGGACACCCUCCAGCUGGCCUCCAGCAACACCGAAUUCGCCUUCAGCCUCUACAAGCAGUUGGCUUCAAAGAACCCCAAUAGAAACGUAGUCUUCUCUCCACUGAGUAUCUCCAUGGCCUUGGCCUUCCUGUCCCUGGGGGCCCGGAGCACCACCCUGACAGAGAUCCUGGAGGGCCUCAAGUUCAACCUCACGGAGACCCCUGAGGCUGAGAUCCACCGGGGCUUCCAGAACCUGCUGGGCUCCCUCAGCCGCCCCAGCGACCCGCUGCAGCUGAGCGUGGGUAACGCCAUGUUCGUGAGUGAGUCGCUGAAGCUGCUGGACACGUUCAAGGCUGACGCGCAGGCCCUGUUUGCCUCCGAGGCCUUCUCCACCAACUUCCAGAACACCAACGCCGCCGAGAGGCUCAUCAACCGCUAUGUGGAGAAGAAAACCCAGGGGAAGAUUGUGGACUUGAUCAAGGGCCUGAACCCACGCACGGCGAUGGUCCUGGUGAAUUACAUCUUCUUUAAAGCCAAGUGGAAGACGCCCUUUGACCCCCGAGAUACUGUCAAGACCAAGUUCCACGUGAGCAAGACCAGGUCCGUGAAUGUGCCUAUGAUGAACGUCGAGGACCUGAGGGCGCCCUACCUGCGGGACACGGAGCUGGCCUGCACUCUGGUGGAGCUGCAGUACACCAGCGGUGAUAGCGCCCUCUUCAUCCUUCCCGACCCUGGCAAGAUGAAGCAGGUGGAGGACAGGCUGAACCCCGAGACCCUGAGGAGGUGGAGGGCGUUGCUGCAGAUGAGUGACAUAGACGAACUCUCCCUGCCCAAGUUUUCCAUCACCAGCAACUAUCAGCUGGAGAAGACACUGCCCCGGCUGGGUGUGAGCAAGGUCUUCACCCGACAGGCUGACCUCUCAGGGAUCACCAGUAACAAGAAGCUGAAGGUCUCCCAGGUGGUCCACCAGACGGUGCUGGACGUGGCGGAGGUGGGCACGGAGGCAGCCGCCGCCACGGGAAUCAAAAUAACCCCCUUGUCUGCAAAGUGGGGCUCGAACAUCUAUGUGAGAUUCGACAGGCCCUUUCUGUUGGCCAUAAUCUGCAAAAAGACCCAGAGCGUCCUCUUUCUGGCCAAAGUGGUCAACCCCAACCAGGGUAGGGCUCCGUCCUCCUGGAGCAGCGGCCCCGCCCGCCCCCACUAAGGGCCAGCUGCCCCAGGCACAGAGAAUCUGCACACUUGCUCCUCCUGUCCUUGGCAAGGUGACAGUGACUCUGGCAGAUGGGUCUACACGCCAGGAGCCCAUGCGUGUGGUGGCCUAGAGACCGCCUGAAACAAUCCCUCGUCUUCCUCCGGCUGCAUCCCCCUACGCCCCUGCACCUCGAUCUGCCGGACUCUGAGUCCCAUAGCUUUCUGGACCUCUGAUGCACCUUCAUCAGCUCAUUGGCUCAACCAGAACCUGGCUUUGUGCCUGUGACCCUAAGUCCCCAGUUGGGGGGUGAGGGGAAUGGGGUAGAUUGAGGGCCCUGUUGCUACUUAGGCUGAUUGCCGUCUUUGGGGGCUCUCUGGUCCCCCAAAGAGUCAUUCUCUGGGAUCUGCCUGUCUACCUUAGCAGAGGCUCCUGACCCAGACCACAUGUGCACAGCCUGAUUGUCCCCCCUUCUAGGGCCUCCCUCUCACCCCAGAGCACCCCCAACCUCUGGGAAGUAGCCACUUUCCAGGUUCACUGCUGGAGCCUCUCAGCUGCUUUGCCAGGUCUGAGUCCUCCCCACAGAGGAACCUCCGACUCAGGCAGAAGGGAGUCCUGGGAGCGAACAAUAAAAGCUCAA